AUUGAAAACAUUUCAGAAAAUGUUUUAUGUGGUCUCAGAAUUUUGGACCCCACUGUGUGUCCACUGAUGUGACAUAAUAACAUCCAAUACUGGCUCAUGAAACACUGCUGCACCCUUGUUGCUUGGGCCCACCAAUCGCUGCUUGCAGCUAUACUACAUUAAUGUUUCUAUAGUAAUAACUAUUUCACAGGGACUUGUAUUGUGUCCAUUCCACAUAAUCUAACAGUAAACAGACUGACUUUUUUUAGUCAAGAAAAAAAACAUAAUUGUUGAUAUGAUGAAGCUUUCAGCUACACUCAGAAGCAAAGCUGUUCCUUUAGAUUUUCUGAUCGAUUUUCUGAUGAUUUUUCUGAUCGAUUGUAUAUGAAAGUCUAAACAGGGUGUGAUGUGGUUUCUCACUAACAAGAUGUCUACAUUUUUUACUUCAAGAUAAAUUAAGGAUAACAACCGUUUACUGUUGUAACCUCAGGAACCUUGUUUCACAGAAGUUCCAAUACAACUGAUAAAAGGAAAAAAAAAAAGUAUGACAUAUCACUGUUCACUAAAUUACCGAUUACAAUCAUUGAAAAAAUGUUAUGAAAUAAAUACAUUGGGGAGUGGUGUUAUAGGAAAAUUUUGAACUUUGAGGUGGUAACAGUAACUCCACUCGGAUUUCCUACUUAUACUAGCUAGCAUUUGAACAGAACAGAUAACUUAUCUUCAAAAAUGUCAUUGUAACUUAAUAUCUUUAACGUCUUUUCUUUCUUGCGUGAAGAAGCCACGGUACAUGCGUACACAACGUGGUGGCCAUCGUUAUUUAAGGGAGGUCUUGCAAACAAUGUGUGUACAGAGCCAUUGUUAAAAAAAUCAGUGUUCUUUGCUAACAGGAAAUGAAAUUUCUAAUAAAGGUGAAUAUGGAGGUGUUGUAUGGACAGACACUAUUGUCCUUUAGUAGCCACAGCUGAGUUGUUUUUUUCUUACUUGUUAUGGAUAAAAAAUAAAAAAAAACGAUAGUAUACAGGUGAAGAGAGGUGACUUUAAAAAAAAAAAGUCUAUUUUAUUUAUAUGUAUAGCACUUUUUAGAAUGGACAUUAUCUCAAAGCAGCUUUACAGAAACAUGUAAUUACAGGAUACAGAUUUUAAAAGCGUGAAUUUAUCCCAUCCAUGAAAUCAUGAAGGACAGAAAUGGGACAGGCUCCAUUUUAAGUCAGGAAAAUAGUGUCUUAUCCCUGUGUCUGUGCUAAGAGGCAGUUAUGCAUGCUUGUUGUUGGACCGAAAUGGGUUUGAAAAUCCCACUGCCCGCAGACGGAUUUAUAUGAGUCUAAUAUGUCUAUAUGUCAUAUAAUAAUGGUCAUCAUUCUAUUUUAUUAUAAAAAAGCAACCUGUAGUCUGUUUAUAUUUUGAAUAUGAGUAAGUAAGAGUGUGAAAAUGUAAGAAAGAAAGAAAUAAAGCCAGGAAAUAAAAUAUUUUUUUUAAAGACUAAAAGAAAGAAAGAAAAUCCACUACAUUAGUCAGAUGUCUAGCCCUUGGCUUUUUGCCAAGUCCCUCUUAGCGUUAGUUUAGAGAGCACACACAUCCUCAUUCUCUCACACAGCAUGGAGAAACUGAGCAAGAUCACUGUUCCGGCCAGUGAGAAACUCCGGCAAAUCCAAAAAAUAGUUCAGGACAUCAAAAAGAACGACGACAGCAUUUUCAACCGAUUAAAACGGUUCCAAACUGAACAAACAGCCAAUAUUCUCAAAACUGGCAGAAAUACAAUAGACAGACUAAAAAACAAAGGACCUCCAAAAGUACCUGCACGAGACUACCCUGGUGAAAACCAGGACUCUGAAGAGUCGUCCGAUUCAGAAUUUGACAAUGACCUGUAUGAGGAACCACAGGGUGAUUACAGCUAUGAGCCUCCCCCUAGUGAGAAAGUCUUCACUCCUCCCCGAUCGGUCAACUACACUGGAGGAGAAUACCUGGACACACGUCCUGGUCGAAAAACACAAACUAAACCGAUGAAGCCCUUCCUACCGAUCAAACCUCCAAUUCCAGAUAAGCCUAAGCAACCAGCAAAGUAUGACGAUGACUAUAUUCAUCCUGAAGACGAUACAGACGAUAACUAUAUUGACCCUUCUGAUAAAGAUCACCAAGGAAUGCAAUCAGCACGCUCAUACAGUCCAGAUGUCUAUGAAGUUCCUGACCAGGACAAUUCUCCAUCCAUCAGCAGGUGCAGCCAAAAGCUACAACCCCCUGCACUACAGCUGCCCCCUAAGCCAAGUCCCAGAAUUAAUAUUAAGAAGCCAGUUGUCUGUCCAGAGCCUGAGGAUGAGGAUGACUAUGAAAUGUGUAUUGAUGAUGGCAGUUUGACAGAAGAGCAGGAGAAGAAGCCUGUCGAAAACAAACGGCCAUCUAUCCCUGUCCCCCUGCCAAGAGAAAUGAAGAAUCCAAAACCACUACCUUUCCAGAAACCAAGCAUUCCAUCUAGAGACCACGAAGCUCGGGAUCCCGCUCCCACUGUGGUCUCUCCACCCACUACAGGAUUUCAUCUUGUAAACAGGUCUCUGCAGCGUGAGAACCUCUGCCAGAAGUCUCCACCAGGGAGAGGAAGCUUAUCUCAGGAGGACAGUGCCACUAGGCAGCAAGAGGAGGAGGCUGGUGUGUAUAAGAAGCCGUGGUAUGCCAGUAUCUGUGACCGCAAAACAGCAGAGGAAGCACUCAUCCGUUCAGCCAUGGAUGGUUCUUACCUGGUGAGGAAGAGCUCAGGCGUGGACGCCCUUCAGCCCUACACUUUAGUUGUAUUCUACAAUGGACGGGUUUACAACAUCCCGGUGCGCUAUAUUCCCACCACAAAGCAGUACGCCCUGGGCAAGCAGAAGGACAGAGAAGAGCGGUUCAACACGGUCUCUGAAAUCAUCGAGAACCACCAAAAGAACACACUUGUAUUGGUGGACAUGCAAAGCAACACAAAAGACAGCACUAAUCUGAGGCACGCUGUAAAGCCGUGACUCGAUUCCACCGCGGCGGCUCAGCAGCACACAACUUCCUGCACUGUCACGAUCCACCAGAACAUCUAGGAACAAACCGUCUGGUGAAGACAGCAAAAAAAUGUGCCAUUUUUGCUGGCAUGCUAUGGGAUAAUUAAUUUAAUACUGAUCAAAAUGUUGCUCAUACUGACAACUGGCUUGUAAAAGUGUGUAAAGUAUUCGUACAUAAGCUGUAUUUAAUGCACUCAGAUAGUGUAUUUUGCUUAAACUCAAUACAAGACAAUUUAGUCAAAUA